GCCAACGCAUUCUGUGCCCAAAAACGGAGUUGACCACUUCUCUAAGAAUACUGGACGAGCAAAGAUCUCCCAGAAAACUACACUUUAUUUGAGAUUUGCACAAUGCUUCCGUGGAUAUUUAUUGUCAGCGUUAUAAUUGGUAUGAGCUCGGGAAGCACAGCGUCUAAUCGUACCGGAAGACUGUUCUCUUUGUUUAACGUUGUGACUUUCGAAAACGGCCAAUGUCAGAGCAAUCUCGCGAGUUCAAGACCAGACACUUUGCGAGUCGGGACUUGCCUGACAUCUAACGAACCUCCAGUCAAAUCGCCAAUUCCCUUCCUAUUCUCUGUGGAGUGAAUACCGGCUAUCACAUGUAUGCGGAUGUGGGAGGAUUAGGAGAAAAUGCCGCCACAUUGAAUUUUGCAUUCGCGAGUGAGAUAGCAGGGAAUACCCGCCAAUGGGACAUCAAAGUGACACAAAUUCCCUGUGGAUCAAAUGCGGCGCCUCCAAACGGUUGUCUGCAAUAUCUGACUGGUUUCAUGGGAAGAAUAAGAACCUUCAACUACGACGCUGCAGCCGGGACGCAUCUUCCAAAUCAAAGAUACUCCGCCUGCAUUCGACAAGAGCGUAAUAUGUGUUGUAUUCGCUAUCAAGUGUGCGGCGUGACUCCCGGAACCCAAGGCAACGCUCUUGUUUACUCGCUGAACAUUGUCAUAGCCAUGAAUGCUUUGGUUGAUAACAAUUGCAGCAAUGACUAUAUCGUCAUUCCAGAUUCCUCGAACCGAUGUCAACCCGGUGGGGGAAAUGGCCCUUUGGUGAACCGAUAUUGUGGAAGUGUUUUUAACCCCAGGAACGGUGAACUGGCUCACGCAAUUGUGUGUGAUUGCACGCCUCCAUUUCGAGUUGACGUGGUCACAGACGUAUCGCUCGAUCCCAGUAAUGCUAUUCGCUCUAGAGGAUUUUGUCUGGAAUAUAUGCAAAUUCCAUGCUAAAAUGACUACAACGACGAGGAUGAAGAACAUCAGGAAAAAUUCGGUUCUUAUAGAACUCAAGACCUACUCAUGCACAUCCAGGAAUUUACCCGUUCAAGCAUUUUCAAUUUGUAUUACAUCACUCAUUGUCAGUAAAUGUUACAUGAUUCCA